AUGGCAGAGAAGCCUCCUUGCUGUCAACCACAUGUGGUCAUUGGCCUUGAUGUAGGCACAACGUACUCCGGUGCGUGCAUCGUUGAAGCCACCAACUGUUUGACGCAUGGACGUCACGAAUUCCAUGAUUCCGACGUGAUCAGCAAAUUCCAAUCGCUUGUAGCGGUCUCUUUGGACAAUAAUGGUCCGAAAGCCCGCUUCCUUCGUCCUCGUGAAGAGCCGCACGAUGAUGAAGAGAUCCAGAGAUUUUUCAAAUUCGAUCUUUUCUACGAGUUCAAUCAAUCCGCCGAAGAUACCAGGCUGGUGACUUGGGUCAGGGAAAACGAGGGACAUGGGAAGAAGAAGGUGGGAACACAUGAUGCAUUCAAGACUUUUCUCGAGGGUCUCUUUGUUCUUGCUCUUGAGAAGCGCAAGAACAGAGGUGCCCCCAUCACAGCUGCAAUCACGUACCCUUGGAAACUCUCUCGUAGUAGUUUCUCAAUCAUCCAGAGUAUUGUCAGCCAUUCCGCCAUCCCAAACCAAUGCAGUAAAGUGGUCUAUGGAUCUGAAGCCGAGGCGGCCUUGGCCGGCACAUUCCAGCUUUUGCGGACCCGUGGGCCCAUGCAGAACUUUCCUACCUUAGACUUCACUCACUUCUUCCAUCUCCUGCCCCGUCUCUGUGUCCCGUGUCCCGUGUCCUGUGUCUUUGGAUUCUAUUUGGCUUCAGCUGACAAUCCCGAAGGAGCCUGUGAUCAUCGCUGA